GACUUAAGCCCUGUUAGAGGACCCCUUCUCCCCUCGGGUAUUUCAAACAGAAACUAGCCAUAGAGUAAACACAUGUUCCCGUUGGUUUAUUUUGGUUGAGAGUUAGGGCUCCAACAGGAGUUCUUGAUGAGAUUACCCUUUUAAAAGACCAGAUGCUGUUUGGCCGAUUUCAAGAAACGCCUGCCCCCUCCCCGCCCUCUCCGCUGGGUCUAGUUUUCGCGUUGUGUGUCCCGAUGUUUUGAAGUAAACGAACUGUCGCAUGUCACUGUUGAGACUUUCCCCAUCACUUAAAAAAAAAAAAAAGCCAAACCGUAAAUAAGCCUAGUAGAGACGUCAUCGCCCGAGUCGGCCUCCUGUUUCGGCUCUGUGCUGUUUUUGUUUUGUAACCUCGAUGGAGAAGCCGGCAGGAAAAGCUCCGUGGAAAUAAGGUUAAACCCGAGGAGGACUAAGGCAGCCAAACGAUGACUAACUAGACUUUGGAGCCUCUGUUUUAGGAUUACACUGAAAAUUAAAGCCAGCCUCCCACCCACUCUCCCUCCCAAAAAAAGACACCCCCGCUUCGAGAGUGAAUUAAGGCCAGAGUUUACAAAGCUUGGGUGGUUUUACCAAUUACAGGACUUUAAAUGAAAAAACAAGGAAAAAAGCGUCAUUCUAAGAAGGCAGCAACCUUACGAUUUUUUUUCUUCUGUGGUUUGCCGACUGCUCGGCACCUAAGAGAACACACAUCUAAAACGGCAAAGGGGGGGAAACAUGGUCCUAGGGGAAACCACCAGGCUGGAAGCUACCCUGCAACUUGCUGGAGCGCAGUUCCUUCCCAGGGCCUGGCUGGAGAUGAAUCAGCUGCUGCACCCGAGUGCAGGACAGAUGUGGGGCGGGGAGAGGGUGGGGGGCCGCCCGUUAGAGGGCCGCGGCGUUCUCGCGUUUGAAGGGUUGUUUGUUGCUGGGAUUGGUGGCUCGUAUCCGUUGGGGAACUGGGAGGAGGGAGGAGAGACGCAGGGAGGAGGAGCCGGGGGCCGGCCGACGCUGCGACUCCGCGGUCUGAGUGGCAGGAGCCUCGUCUGGAACCGGGCGGUUACUGGGGAGACGCUUUGUUUGCUAACUUCGAAAGCUGCUUCGGCUGCUUCGGCUGCCUCGGCCGCUUUCGAAGCCACUCAACAAAACACGCCUUCGGGUCGGCUUAACCCUCCCCCUGCCCGUUUACCGAAGCCCGAGACAAAAAUGUUUCCUUCUGCGUGGUUAUCCUUCGCCACGCGGUGGCUCUCAAUAGGUACACAAAGGCACACAUAGUUCCAUUUGGUCUCAUCUUCUGAAGCUGCCUCAAGGCCAAGAGAAGACACAAAGUUGUGUAAGUUACUUUUCACAGCCUGCAAACCCUACCAAAGGCAAAAAUUCAACAAGAAACAUAGAAAGGCAAACGAGCCAGGACAGUGUGUCCAUACGUGCAGUUUAUAUAUAUAUAUGGCAAGUCUGUCAGGUGAUAGGAGAACGUAUUUGUUUCAUUCACCUACUGGACAACCCUUGAUUGAGCAUGAUUUCCUUACACCAAGAAUGAUGACUCACGCAGUGGCUGGACCCCUUUUGCUUCUAGUCUCUGGGGUACAGGCACUAUUCUAAAAUACACAGACUGCAGGGCUCCAAACACUGCUCGGGCAUUCCAUAAUCGUCUUGUUACAUCUCAGGUCAGAGGGUCUUGGGCUGCGUGAGGAGAGCCUGGCCAUCGUUUUUCCAAGGGCCUGGUCUGAAACAGCCAUCUUCUGGCGAGUUUAUCCAGCCCGUCAGGAUUACCCUCCUCCUCUUAGUUGCAUGAAUAAUGUAACUGGUGCUACUACUUUUGUUUGUGUUCACUUUCCUCCUGGCCUGCACUUCCUUUCCCAGGCUCUGCCUGUCUCUAGUCCAGUCCUCUUCACUCUCUACCUAGAGGGGGUUUGGAAUCAAGGGAACAGAGCAAGAAAAUGAUUAGUUGAGCACAGCCUUUCCCCUUUUAUUCUCCAUAGUGUGUAUCUAUGUUGUGUUUUCCAGUUUAUGAAACACUAUUUAAAUUACCUCAUUUAGGGGCGCCUGGGUGGCAC